UCUGUGUGUUCAUCAGCGAUUUGUGAAAUAUACAAAAACUGUGAGUGGUUUUGUUUUUGCUCAUUCUAACUACCACUUCCUACAAAUGUAGUUUCACAGAAAAGAUCAAGUUCACAGUUUUUUAAUAGUCAACGACUCUUGUCACAUACACAUAUAGACUAAUAUUUGUCUACAAGUUCGUAAACAUUGCCUGAUUUUUUUUUCUUUUUUAAUAUGGACCAUUUACUCAAUGCAUCUUCAGAAAAAUUCAUUCUUCUUUUUAUUUACUGCUUGACAUUGUCAUAUGGAACAAACUGCCAGGUGAUCUUUGAUGAUUGUCCGAAUCACCGCUGUCAGAAUGGAGCCACCUGCAUAGAUGGAGUGAACACCUACACUUGCCAGUGCCCACCUGGAUGGACAGGUCAGUUUUGCACUGAUGAUGUGGAUGAAUGCAGACUGCAGCCCAACGCCUGUCAGAACGGAGGCACAUGCAGUAACACACGCAACGGCUACAACUGUGUGUGUGUGAACGGCUGGAGUGGCCUGGACUGCUCUGAAAACAUUGAUGACUGUGCAAUUGAGCCCUGCACCGCCGGCUCCACUUGCAUCGACCGCGUGGCUUCCUUCGUUUGCAGGUGUCCUCCCGGCAAGACUGGUUUGCUGUGUCACAUUGAUGAUGCUUGCAUCAGUAACCCUUGCAAGAUAGGUGCUCAUUGCGACACAAACCCCAUCAAUGGCAAAUUCAUCUGUAACUGCCCUUCAGGAUACAAGGGCAGAAUAUGCAAGGAGGAUAUCGAUGAGUGUGUUAUCGGGCCAAACCCAUGUGAGCAUGGGGGCUUAUGUAAAAACACAGAGGGCUCGUUCACCUGUUACUGUGCUCCAGGUUACACCGGCCCACGUUGUGAGCAUAAAAUUAAAGAAUGUGUCUUCAACCCCUGUCAGAAUGAUGCCAGGUGCUUUGUUGAGAUGGGAAAUUACAGCUGCAUGUGCAUGGCAACGGCUAAAGACGCACUGUAAUCAGGUGCAUGAUUUGGAAACAGGUCUCAUUAAUAAGGUGUGCAAAAGAUAUGAUGCAUACAUGCACAGCCGGUAUAUCACAUGUCUAAUCCCUAAUAAAAAAAAUACAGUUAUUCACAAGGAGCAAUUCACGUGCACAAUUAUUUACAGGAUUUAUUCAAAAUACAGGGGUUUAUGAUAAAGUCUGAUUUUGCAAAUUAUACUUGUGUAAAUUGUCAUGGAUUUUCAGACUUUUUGGACAACUCUCUACUGCCUCUUGGAUCGAUCUACUGUAGUAAGAUUAAAGAAGUUCAUUUUAAAGUCCUUCCUAAAUGAAUCCUGCGAGAAAUUUAAUUUCUAAAGUUUCUGAUGAAUAUUCAGCUCCACAGAUGUUAAAUAUUCCUUUGCUGUCAAAGGAUUUUUAAAAAUUAAAUCAAAGGAUCUUUAUCCA